CGACCUCUCUUGAGAAGCUAAUUUCAUAGAAACCGUCGUGCGAGGAGGACAGAAGCCUCGGGAUGUCGCUGGCAGAUGAGCUCUUGGCUGACCUCGAGGAGGCUGCGGAAGAGGAGGAAGGAGGAAGCUAUGGGGAGGAAGAAGAAGAGCCAGCAAUCGAGGAUGUGCAAGAGGAGACACAGCUGGAUCUUUCGGGAGAUUCGGUCAAGAGUAUUGCCAAGCUAUGGGACAGCAAGAUGUUUGCUGAGAUCAUGAUGAAGAUUGAGGAGUAUAUCAGCAAGCAAGCCAAAGCUUCAGAAGUGAUGGGACCAGUGGAGGCAGCCCCUGAGUACCGGGUCAUUGUGGAUGCCAACAACCUGACUGUGGAGAUCGAGAAUGAGCUGAACAUCAUCCAUAAGUUCAUCCGGGACAAGUACUCAAAGAGAUUUCCUGAACUGGAGUCCCUGGUACCCAAUGCACUGGAUUACAUCCGUACGGUCAAGGAGCUGGGCAACAGUCUGGACAAGUGCAAGAACAAUGAGAACCUGCAGCAGAUCUUGACCAACGCCACCAUCAUGGUUGUUAGCGUUACUGCCUCCACUACCCAGGGGCAGCAGCUGUCAGAAGAGGAGCUGGAGCGGCUGGAGGAGGCCUGUGACAUGGCACUGGAGCUGAAUGCCUCUAAGCACCGUAUCUAUGAGUACGUGGAGUCCCGGAUGUCCUUUAUUGCGCCCAACCUGUCCAUCAUCAUUGGAGCUUCCACGGCAGCCAAGAUCAUGGGUGUGGCUGGUGGCUUGACCAACCUCUCCAAGAUGCCUGCCUGCAACAUCAUGCUGCUCGGGGCCCAGCGCAAGACACUCUCAGGCUUCUCAUCUACCUCAGUGCUGCCUCACACUGGCUACAUAUACCACAGUGAUAUCGUGCAGUCACUGCCCCCGGAUCUUCGCAGGAAGGCAGCCCGGCUGGUAGCUGCCAAGUGCACGCUGGCAGCCCGCGUGGACAGUUUCCAUGAGAGCACAGAAGGGAAGGUGGGCUAUGAACUGAAGGAUGAGAUCGAGCGCAAGUUUGACAAGUGGCAGGAGCCGCCACCCGUGAAGCAGGUGAAGCCACUGCCUGCGCCCCUUGAUGGACAGCGGAAGAAGCGGGGAGGCCGCAGGUACCGCAAGAUGAAGGAGCGGCUGGGGCUGACGGAGAUCCGGAAGCAGGCCAACCGCAUGAGCUUCGGAGAGAUUGAGGAGGAUGCCUACCAGGAGGACCUGGGCUUCAGCCUGGGCCACCUGGGCAAGUCGGGCAGUGGGCGUGUGAGGCAGACACAGGUGAACGAGGCUACCAAGGCCAGGAUCUCCAAGACACUGCAGCGGACCCUGCAGAAGCAGAGUGUGGUGUACGGCGGGAAGUCCACCAUCCGUGACCGCUCCUCAGGGACUGCCUCCAGUGUGGCCUUCACCCCACUCCAGGGUCUGGAGAUUGUGAACCCACAAGCAGCUGAGAAGAAGGUAGCUGAGGCCAAUCAGAAGUAUUUCUCCAGCAUGGCUGAGUUUCUCAAGGUCAAGGGUGAGAAGAGCGGCAUCAUGUCCACCUGAUGGGCUGCAUGCACCCUAGGUGGCCGCCCACUGAAGGGACACAGUGACUUGGCCCCUCUGAAGGCAUUGGGAUCAGGGCUGGGAGAUACUGAUGGUGAGAGCCUGCCCUGCCUGGCCAUUGGCCCCAUCAUUCCAGGAAGGCCUUGGAAGAGGCCCAGCGCAGCCCAGCUCAACCUCCCCCAGGACAGAGAUUGCAGCCCUAUUUAGGGGGCAGAGCAGGUGUUCAUCACGUCUUGUCUUUUUAACUGGGAAAGGAGAUACUUUUUUUGGAAAGUGUACAAUUUUUUUUUUCUUUUGGCAGCUGGCUGGCUGGUAUGGAGAUCUAAACCCAUGUCCUUGGUGGGAAAGAGUACAAUUAAAGGCACAUUAUCAAGA